AUCUUCGCUCGGACGUAACGAUUCUUCAUUCACUCAUUCGCUUACGUUAGUCACGUGUCUCACUAUCCGUCGUCUGCCAUAUGGAAAGUUAAUUUAGGAUAAAUUUUUGAAUUUAUUUAUUCUAUUCGCCACGUAAUUGGACGAUUAGAUAUGUUUUUCGUCACACAGAAGCGACGUCUGGAGAAAAUCCGCUUAUUGCCGCGAAAAAUAAUGACAAUAAGUGAUAACUGAACGACAAAAAGUAUGGCGAGUAAGACAAAAUCAGAAGUUCCUUCCGUUAACUGGGAACGUUACGGAUUAAGCAGCACUCCAACUAGCAGUGCAGUAGAACAAUGGAAAACUGACGAAGAUCAGUUUUUAAAUAAAGAAUAUUCAGAUAAAUGGGAAUUGUUUCAUGAAGAUCAGAAUAUUAGCAACAAACCAUGGUGGAAGGCAAACUUCUUUUUAUCAAAACCAGUUUUAUUUGGCACAUGGGAUGGUGUAUUUACAUCGUGUAUGAUCAAUCUCUUCAGUGUAAUUGUCUUUUUACGAAUUGGUUGGAUAGUGGGAAAUGCUGGAAUAAUACAGAGUGUAGCAAUUGUUUUGAUGACUGUAAUAAUUUGUACAAUAACAGCAUUAGCAGCAAUUGGAAUAUGUGAACGCUGUCAUGUCGAAAGUGGUGGUGUUCAUUUCAUAAUUGCUCAUGUUUUAGGAGCACAGUUUGGUGGAGCCGUGAGCAUUGUAUAUUGCUUUGGACAAGCAGUGAGCUGCGCUUUACACGUGAUAGGUUUUGCCGAAUCCGUAUCCCAGUUGUUAAAAAUUGCAAAUAUAUGGUUGCAGCGAUUAAUAGCAACGUUGUUAAUAAUUUUACUUCUAGGUAUCAAUCUUGCCGGUGUAAAAUGGGUUAUCCGAUUACAGUUUGCACUUUUAAUUGUUUUACUCUUAGCAGCUCUGGACUUUGCCGUUGGAACAUUUGUACAUAUUAAUCCAGAGAGUGGAGUAACCGGAUAUAAUUUAAAUAAUUUUUAUAACAACUCUGGACCUCAAUAUCUAACAGGAGAAAACUGGUUUACAGUCUUUGGAAUAUUUUUUCCUGCCAUGACUGGUAUUUUAGCAGGAGUUAAUAUGGGUGGUGACCUGUACAAUCCUUCCAAAGACAUACCUGUUGGUACCUUGGCUUCCAUUGGAACUAGUUUGUUUAUCUACAUGAUGUUCAUAAUGGGAUUAGGAGCAACUUGCGAAAGGCACGCCCUUCAAACAGAUUAUCUAAUAGCCGAAAAAGUUUCAAGUUUAGGUGUUAUGUUUCUGGCUGGGUUAUAUAUUUCUUCUAUGUCAACUUGCUUGGGUUCUCUCUAUGCCACUCCGAGAAUCAUCCAAAGUAUAGCAAAUGAAAAAGUCAUACCUUUGAUAAAAUUUUUAGCACACGGAAAAGGACCAAACAAAGUUCCGGUUUUUGCACUUAUAUUGUUUUCUGUCAUCACAGUCAUUUUCAUAUUGAUUGGAGAAAUAAACACCUUAGCGCCGAUAGUGACGAUACCAUAUCUUCUGACUUAUGCAGCCAUAGAGUAUGCAUAUUUUUCGUUAGCGAUGACUUUUGAUAUGCAGAGACAGAGAGAAGAAAAAUUUGGCAAUCAACAGUUGCUCAGUCCAGAUUUCGUCGCACAGAGUAACGGUUUUGCAACUGACAUAACAACAGGGAAAAUUAUCAUGUACGGCAGUACUAAUAAUAGUAAGUAUGGCGAUUUGGAUCAUUUAUUUCCCGAAAGAUUAGGACGCAAAAGCAUAAGUCACCGAGGUAGUCAGAGCACCAUUACGGAAUCACCUCUCACUUCGCCUGAUGAUCAUAGUUCUGUGUGUACGGCGGCAAGUAAGGAUACGGAAACGAGUAAAUCCCAUGCAGAUUCUGCGAGUAGCCUUUUAGGGAAAGGAAGAUUGCCAAUUCCAGAGAUUACAAGCAAGUCAUCUAGGUGGUAUUCAUAUUUGUCUAAUCGAUGGAUUGCUUUUCUUGGGGUAUUAAUUAAGCUGGUUAUCAUGUUCUUGGUUCAUUGGAUUUAUGCUUUAGCCACAAUUGUGUCGGUGGGAGUAAUUUUUUAUUAUAUUGGCCACGUGAGUCCGGGUUCUUAUCGAGGAGUGUCCGAAUUUAAAUUCUUUCAAUGGAUUAAAAAUUGUUUUUUUAAAUGCAAAUGUUGCGGGUCUAGCAGCUACGACCAAAUUAUAGUUGCUACCUCUCAACCGGAAGUGGAAGUAUUGGCGGCUCAACUGACAGAAGAGAAUUCGGACUACGCGUCCAGAGAACCCUACCAUCAUUCCAUGACUGUAAAGACACUGUCUCAGCAUCACAUAGACAGCGACUAAAAACUCGGGAGAAUGCAUUUAUUUUUUCUUCCAUAAUCUUUUGAAUUUUUAUUUUUUAUUUGAAUUUGUUAAACAGAAAAUAAAAAAUAUAUUGUGUACUUAUUAAACAUUUUAAAUGGGUUAUUAUAGAUGGUCACAAGACAUAAUUUUUAAUUACAUUUUGAAACCUGUGCUCUCAGAUUUUGACUGGGCUAAAAUUUAUUCGUCUGCUUUCCCGUAUGAUAUCCGUGGAAAGUCAAUUGAGAAGACACAACGUUUUUAGUUAUAUUUAAGAAAAAAACUGGCCACAAAAGUACAAAUCUCUUAUCGUAUCUCGAAAUAAUAUUGUUUGCAAUAAUUGCGAUUUGCUCAAAUCUUAAAAUUAAAAAUGUACAGGUUGACCAUCACUAACCUGGCAUCGUUGAAACCUGUGCUGGAUUACUGAUGGUUAGAUUAAAAUACGCUUAACCUAACAUCUAACUACUUCAUCCUACCUUUUAAAAUACCCUCUAAAGCACUACAAGUUAACCAUUAAUAAAGAAAAAUAAACAUUAAAUGAAAAUUCUUGUCAAAUUAUUGUACAUCUGACAACAUGUAACACUCCCAAAACAUAGAGGCAUGUUAAUACGGCAACCUGGAAAAUUUGAAAUCAUGCUAACCGAAAUUAGUCAGUGAUGCCAAACUUAAAGUUCUCCCUAAAUUAAAGACAAAAUCAGCAGGAUGAGAGAAAUUUGAGGGAGUAGUUUAGGGAGAAAAUGUAAAGUCUGCCCAUAUUGGUUAGUGGAGUUUUGGUGACGAGUAGGAGAUUCCAAAAGUCACACGACUCGUGAAUGUUCUCGCAGCAAGACGCAGAGCAGGUCACGUCAUCACAUGAUGCUUUGCUCAACUGUGCCCACGCUUCCUGCGUCCUCGAAUGAAAAUUUGUUUCUCUGAAUUGUCAAAAAAAUAAUAAUUUUUUUAUAUGCAUUGCACCUGGACCAAACUAUUUAGGGGGAACUAUUUUAGAGGGUUUUGACAACAAAAGGUAGGCAACACCGAAUUUAGUGCUGGAUCGGUGAUGGUUGACCCGUAACAUAUAACCCAUUUAAAUUAUUAAUAUAACACAAUAUAUAUUUUAUUAUUUAAGGUCACUUUGCCACUUAUUUGAAGAAUUAAAUUCUACGGUAUUUUUGUCAUUUUAUCACUGCUGUUAUUAUCUAGUCAUAUUUUGUGAUGUAUAAUUGUGCAAUAAUUUUUGUCAUUAGUUGUUUUUAAACGCAAACUAUCAGAAGUUAUGGGAAAACUCUCUAUAAUAAAUUGUGCAAUAUAUUUAUCAAACAGUAGUGAGAAUCUUGUAAAAAAAAAAAAGAAGAAAAAA